AUGGACCAAGAAGAGCGAAUUGAAUCAUUUCCAGGGGACUCAGAGUCUCGCCAUAAUUUAUUUCCAAACAGAACAGACACUGCCGAUUUAUCGCUACAAGUGCUCCAUUCAACAACACCGUUUCAGGAGUCACAGCCAAGCCUUGAUGCAAGUUUGUUUGAUUCUCUCUUUUCCACCACUAGCACAUGGGAAUCCACCCACUCGACAAAUCUCGCACUGUGCUCAUCAAAUAUUUCGAGUUCUAUCGACAGCACGGAAAACAUUCCAGUGGAAACCGACUCGGACGCAACCGAAACAGAUAGCCUGCAAAUACUGGAAGAAUUCACGCUUCCAUUCUCGACCCCACAGUCACUCGCAGAGAAUGUCCCACUUGUCUUAGCCAAACACAGCAUGGAAAUAAUCUUCCGAGUUCUUCGCACUUGGCCAAAGAUGCUAGCGGAGGAAUUUCAAGCGCCGCCACUAUUCCAUGCAACUCAACUCGCACCCGGAAUGAAAUUGCCUUUGCCAUUGGCAACUUGCAUAACGCUGACGAAGAUGUGGAAAGGAACGUGCGAGGGUGCAGAAGAUCUAGUUCGAAAGACAAUACUGCAUGAGCUAGGAAAUCUCGUGGAUCGAGACCAAUCUGAAACUCUCGAGGGAACAGAACUCAUCGCAGUCUUACAAUCAGUAGUAAUCUACGCAAUCAUACUAAUCUCGCCAUCGAAUAAUUUGAAAAACCCACUACCCGACCAUAACGAGAUAUUCCGCAAAGUCGAACUACUAAUCUACCAAGUUGUCCGUAACGGGUUAUUCUUGCAAGAAGAGCGUGACCAAAAACGUCCUACCUGGGCAGACUGGAUAGAUGUGACAUCGAAACGUCGUGCCGUGCUUUCAUUAUAUCUGCUUCACUGGGCGUAUUCGGUUUUAUACCGUGUGCCCUGCUUCGACUGUGCGGAUCUGGGUUUCAUGCCUGCACCAGCACCAAAAGUACUCUGGCAAGCAAGCACUGAGCGGGAGUGGGAUACCAGGUAUAUUCAGUGGUUAGGGCGAUGGAGUGGGAAGUUGUAUUUGCAGGCGGAGUUGGGUUGGAUUCAACCGGGUGCUGUGAUGAAUGGAAGGGCCGAAAGGUGGCUGGAGGAAUCGGAUGAGUUUGGGUUCAUUAUGAUUUCUAUUGUGAAUGCGGCCGAUUAUGAUCCUCCUGGGCUCAAAGCACUUGCUUCAUAG